CCGGCCUCGGGGUUCGGAGGCCGCGGCGGGAGCGGCGGCGUGAGUCUUGAGGCAGGCUCUCAACUCUAUAUGGUCUGACAGAUCACUGUAAUUUUAUAAAUUUGCAAUCAUGAAUGUCAAUGACUUCGUGAUACUCCCUGGUUCAAAGACGGGAAUCUCUGUAAAACUGAAGGCAAAAAGUGUGCGGGAGUUGCAGUUGGAGAAGGUUCAGCUGGAACAUGACAAUAAAGAAAUGGAGAGGAGAUUGCAGCAGCUUCAAUCAAACAUGAGCAGAGAGAAGCUAGAGAGAGAAAAAGCAAAUGGAUAUCACUGGAAGUCUGGCCAGGCUGGCCUGGGCCUGCAGCCCCAGUUAUCACAAAACAAGGAGAACGUUGCAAAGAUUUCUUCAGGCAAAGUAAAACUGAGAGUACUCAGAGAACAAGCUCAAGUUCCAGAGUCAGCUAAGCAGUUAGGUGCACAUAAAGUCACAAGUGCUGCAUCCACAGAAAAACCAAAAGCUAAGGGGAAGGCAUGUGGUCAGUGUGAGACAAAGACUGCCUUGCUGGUGUGUUUAGACUGUGGAGAAGACUAUUGUCCUAGUUGCUUUGCCAGAAUCCACCAGAAGGGGGCAAUGAAGCUCCAUAGAACAACUUGUUUGCAGGCAAAAGUGCAUGUUCCGCCUGGGAAACUGGAGGCUGCUCAGCAAUUCUUGAAACAAAUCUAUUCCAAUGAAUCUAACGGCAAGAUAAAUUAUGAACAGAAGAAAGAAGUUAAAGAGGAUCCAUCAGACAUUUUUUCAUCUUUACCAAAAAUGCCAACACAUGAUAUAGAGGAGGCUUCCACAGUACCAAGGGGAGUUCUGUCCAAGUGUCCGAAUGGUGGGUCUUUAUUGCAUGGUACUUUUAAUGAAGAAGAGUCUGCAAGGUUUUUCCAGGAAGCACUAAAUCAGUGGAGGAGUAGAAAUUCCCCUCGAAAGCUUACGGAAGAACGUUGUUGCCAGUCUUGGGCAGAAAGUGUGGAAACGUGUGAGGUGCAAACAAGUCCUCCAGUUAUUAAGAAAACUAUGGAAAUUCAAUUCAAAGAGGAUAGCUUGAAAUACAUGGAAAAAUUAUGGCUUAAGAAAUACAGAAGGACUCCUUUUGAUACAUUGCCGGAUAUUCUAUCAGAUGAAUUUAAUCCUGCCAAAUCCCCGAUAAAUGAAGCUUAUGAUACUUUGGUUGGAGAAGAGGAAAAGGAGGAGGAGGAAGUUGUAAAUGCUCACUUAGCAGCUGAAGAGAUGAAAAAAUACUGGACAGAUGUUAGGAAAGAAGAGCCUGAGGCACUUCCUGUAAACCUUGAGUCAUCUCUGAAAAUUGAGGUCCUUGAAGAUGCCUGUGAGGAGGAGCCAGAAGAAACUGCCAGCUUUGUGAUUAUGGAAGCUGGAUCUGAUGACUGUGACUACAGUGGCACCAUGUCAGAAAAUCACAGAACUGAAGCAGACGUUUUUCUGGCACAAGCUGUCGAUAUUAGCACAAGGUCACCUCUUUCUUCUGCAGUUGACAAAGAAAAUGAUUUCACUUUGCUUCGUAACAAACACAAAGAAACUCCUAGAGCAAGCGCACUUUCGGCACAGUCUGAAAGAAUGGAAACUCUCGGUGAUCUUUCCAGUAUGGAAGAAGUUUCCAGCAUUCCUUAUGAAAGAGCUACAACAAAAGAAGAGCAUACUGUAGCCACAAAGAAUCGCUCCUGUGUGUCACCGGGGCAGAGUUCUAGUCCUCUUGCAUUGGCUUCUCGUGAACCUUCCCCUAUGACGGAAUUGCUUAAAGACUGCAAGAGAGCACAAGAGCUGAGGAAAGCUUCACCAAUAACUACCAGUUCUUCAGUGUUGUUGCAAGAAGUAGCCCUAAAAGAGAAACCUGUUAGAACCCCGUAUCGAGGACUUGAGGGAUUCUUUGCAGUGAGAACAAACUCUGAGGAGGUCAUGCUGGACUUGCUUCCUUCACCCCACACGGGAACACAAUCUCCAAGCAGUGAUGUUUCAUUUUUAGGGUCUGAGCAAUGGAUCAGGCACUUCAGCUUUAGUGAGUGUGCUGAUGAAACUGUAGCGCAGGAUGUCUUCACAAUGGAGCUUAGCAGACCCUCAAGCAGGCUGGGACGACAGAGCCCAAGGACUAGAGCUUCCUUUUCAAUCUCACCCAGUGAAAGGGCUGUUCUGAGGCCUUUUUCAGCAAACCAACCCUGCUACAGAACCUCAGAGCACACUCCUCGCCCUUCUUCAGCCGUUCAGAGAGGAUACAAAAGCUCAGCUACGGCACCUUUGUCUCGAGCUGCUUCUGAAAUUUCAGAAAUUGAAAACAUUGAUGUCACUGAGUGUGAUGAUCCCUCCUUGGAAGAUAGUACGGAUCAACAAGCUUUAGCAGAUUUAGAAAGCGAAUUGCAAAGCAGUGCAGAUCUUCAGGAAGAACUCAGUGGCAUCACCUCUGAAGAUUUAUCUGCCUCCAACAGAUAUUCAGAGAUGGCAAUUCAAAAUUGUACAUCUUUUCAUAAGAACCAUGAAAUAAAAGACUACAGUAAAAGUUAUACUAUAAGAGUAUAUGACAGUCAUACGGAUGAUGAGGAAGAUACGUGGCAGGACAAGCAGCAGGUGAAGGAGUUAUGUUGAAAUAUUAGGACUCUUACCUGCCCUCAACGCUUAUUUCCAUUCAUAAAAUCAUCAAGUCGAAGUGCUGUUCUUGAGUAUGGUGAUUAACUUGAGCUUGUGCACAAACAAAUCUUUUUAGUUCAAAUAAAAAUACACGUUGAAACCCCAAAACAAACAUAUGUUUGCUUUUCCAAUUUCUGUUCUUCUUAGGACAUUUCUUUGUAACAAUUCCUUUCCCCUUAGGGUUGGCACACCCUGACCUGGAUAGACCAGGCUAGCUGAUCUCGUCAGAUCUUGGAAGCUAAGCACAGUUGGCCUUGGAUAGUAAUUGGAUGGGAAACCAUGAAGAACAGCCAGGGUCAAUACACAGGGGCAGGCAAUGGCAAACCACCUCUCUUAGAGUCUCUCUACACGAGACAUCUGUGAUGCGAAGAACACGUAUUGGGAGAUGCAAUGGUAGCUGGGAAGGGUAGUUUAAAAAGACAGAGCUGGUGACAGGGCAAAGGCUUUGCUAUACACUGGAGCUGUGUGAAGGGGCUGUGAAAUGCCAGAAGGGAAACUUCAUCCCGUUAAAACCUCUCCAGGUCCAAGCCUGGCUCUAGAAGGCAGCUCCAGCCCAUUUCCAUUCCUCACUGCCCUCUGGUUCUGAUCCCACACAGUUUUAGACUAGAGAAGUGAAAUUGACAGAGCCUUCUGGGAGGAGAAAAUGAAAUUAACAAACCCUCUGAGGAGUAAUCUCUGUGGGCUCUGUCUUUUAAAACCAAUCUUCCCGGCUAAAAGGGGGUAUAUAAAACCCUCCCUGUGAAGGCUGGCCACCAUCUUGUUUUAAAUGUGUUUUUAAUUAAUAUGAAUGUUUAAUGUUACUGUAUUUUUAAUAUGUUAUCCGCCCUGAGCCUGCUUGUGCUGAGGGCGGAAUACAAAUUUGAAAUAAAUAAAUAAAUAAACAUUGCGUCUCCCUACACUUGAUGAACAUGCACUCAAUGUACAUGCACUCAGGCAUCUCGUGUAGAGAGACUCUUCAACUCAUGCCAUGAAAACCACAGCAGAGGUCACCAUAAGUCAUCUAUGACUUGACAGCACUCCACCAGGGUUGGCACACUGGUCAGUUUCUGAGGGCAGCUCAGUCUGUGCAAUUACAUGGCAGCUGCAGAGAACUGAUUCUCUUAAACAAAGGACAGCUCAGACAAGCUCAGAACAAUGCCACGAGGGGAGGGAAAGGUCCUGCCUUCCUCACAACCCUUUUUCCUGUAUGAAAACAGUCCUCGGAGGGGGAGUUAUUUUGCUGCUUCACAAGGAGAAUCUGAGCACAGAUUCUCCACAUAGAGCAGCAAAAUCAGUGAAAUAACUCCCCUCUUACUUAGUUUUCAAGCGAGAAAACAUUAUCUGGGAAGGGCAGGAACCUUUCUUCCCCCUGCAGCUCCAUUUUGACCCCUUUUAGCUCUCCCUUUUUAAAAAGAAGCAGUUCCCCUUGGCUGCCAUGUGACUGCACAGUGCACCUUAAAAUGAGUGCGUGCCCAUGCAGAAACGUAUCUUCUAGAGCUUCUCUGGGUCAGAUCUUACUGCAUGCUCCAGGAAGCCAACAAUACAGUUGACAGCUUGCCUUUUUUAUUUCAUAAUAGUGUCAUUUGUUAGCAGGGUAAAUGUAAGGGUUGCUUGACUUCUAGCCUUGCAGCAGUGGUGGGAGCAAACUGAACCUCCUACCGGCCAUUUGCUAUACUUGCCGGGAUCUCAACGAAACAACUGCAAGAUGCAGUACUUUCAAAGAUGACUCCUGUCUAAUGGUACCAGCUUUCUGCAAGGGUAACAGAGGAAUUUCUGUUGCUUUUGUACAAGACAUGCAACCUUCCUCUUUAAUGGAGUUUUUAACCAAUAAGUGGGAUGGUAAGAUGCUUUAUGGCAGGUGCUUCUUGAGUGGGUUGUUACUAUUGUUGCAAAUUCCAAUUUUAAGUGUUGAAUGGCUUU